CUUGAUACAUAUUGUCUAACGCGCUCCUCUCUUCCCUUUCGUUCCGCUCCACCUCCCGCUCCCGCUCCCUCCUGAGUAUUUUUACUAUGCCCGGCUAUUGUUGUCUGCUUCCAUAACCGCAGUACAAUCCAGCACACACCGCGGCCCUCACCUGCCCUCAUGCCUGCCGUACUUGAGGGUGCUGUGCCCCCACCCCAUCUCCACCUGACCGGCAAGUCAUCGUGGCAAUCCUCCUACAGCCCGAUAAAGUAUCCUGUUGCUCCCACCUCGUCGCCCCUUCCAAUGUCUCCCGAGUCUCUCCCUUCCUAUAUACCCCACCUCCACGAGAACCAGCUCCCCCACCAAGACCUAGGUGGCUUGCCUAGUUCAGGCUGGUUUGGACCCUCCGUUCCGGCCCCAGAGUGUCAAAACGAGACUGGAUACACCCAGUUUAGCUACGACCAGCCCUAUGUGACCCCGCAUACAUCUUCAAUCACUUUUUCACCACCCACUCAUUUUUCCAAGCCUUCAGACACUCCCGUCUCACUGGCAAAGGAUGCCUCAGUAACUGCCUUCUCCCCCGUCUCAGAAUAUUCCAAAGUGUCUGAGUCUGGACAGGGUGAAUUCACUCGCCCCUCUGAGGAGUCCUAUGCCGAGCCCCCGAGGACCUCGACCGAACCAUCCACACAUCUUCAGGUUGAGUCUAACCCUCCAGCACGGCCUCGCAGUAGCCCGAGUACCUUCACUCCCAACCAUCCGUCAAGCGGACCCAUCGAAUUCCAUUGGACUAUGAAUCCUCUGGGCAUUUCAACCCCAGUUAUGCACGAGCAGUACUACUCAGGUUCCACGUAUCCUCCGGUACGAGCUCGUAGUCCUCGUUUAAGUGAACCGGCCAUGGAAUUGGCUGCUGACCUUGCCGCACCGCAGCCACGUCGUAUGUACCCUCCAAUAGCUCCCCAUCCAAUUGGGUUUCAAAGGACCAGUGCGCCAAAGCGAUCACGCGAAGACGACGACUCUCCAGAGCAGUUGAAACGAAGGAAAAGAUCAGACUCAAAUAGUACUAUGACUAUGGAGCUCGGAGAGGAAGACCGAUUAUUGAUUCAGCUCAAGGAUGAAGAGAGCAUGCCUUGGAAAGACAUUGCAGCCCGAUUCCAAACAGACCUUGGGAAAACAUACCAGAUCCCAGCCCUCCAAAUGCGUCUCAAAAGGUUGAGAGAACGAAUGCGCGUAUGGACAGAAACUGAUCUCAGAGCGCUGCGUAUGGCGCAUGAGUAUUGGGUGCAGAGCAAGUUUGACAUCAUCAGCCAGAAGAUGCUAGAGUUUGGCGCUUCAGAGAAGUGGACGGCUCGCCAGUGUGCUCGAAAAUGGGCUGAGAUAGACCCUGGCCCAACCCCGUACACAACCUACGAUCACCACUCCACUCCAUCAUACGCACCCUACACUAUGAGCCCAGUAGAAGCGUCUCCAUUUAUGCCGUAUCUCCACAUUCCAUGAAAUAGGAGGGGAAGCUACGAUAUUAUGCGAGCGAGAUCCUUUCUACAAUGCCACAGAAACAUCAUAUUUCAGCAGCUUCCACAGCAAGAGUCAUCCAGGUACUGAUUCUUCCCCUUUCGCUUCGCGACAAAUGUGUCAGACCCUUUCUCGUCUCCUUUUUUGUAUAUAUUCUAGCCCCCCCACCAGGGUUAACCGGUGCCGGCCGCCUCUGCAUUUAUUUUUCAAGCGGUCUGGUUCAAUUGCUGUAUUGCGAAAAAGCACUCCGAUGCGGUUUCGGUCUUGCGGCCACUACGAGGGGAACGCCCUUCCAAC